CAUUCUUGCGUGAACGCCUACGUGACCGCGCCCGCCGGUUGUUGGAAGACCCGCCAGGGGGCAACAGAGUCGCGUGACGUCACGCGGUGCUCAGCAGUGCGUCGGCACAGCCGCCAACGAGCGGCGCCAGUUGGCGCAGCUGCCGCCAGGAGGCAGGUCGUGUGCGUGACGUCACGCGGUGCUCAGCGCGGGUAGGACUGCACGCCGCCGUAGCCGCUCAGUCAGUUCCCGCGGCGACUGCGGCGCGUAGCGUGGGGAGUCCGCGCGCGUGACGUCACAGGGUAUCGCGUUCGGCGAGCGUUUCGCGAUAAGGGACUCGCACGCGCGCACACACACAUAGGCGGGCCAGUUAGGGCGCCGGCCGCCAGGGGGCAGCAGAGGAGAGCGCUGUUCGCGAGCCGGGCAGUAGUGCAUGGCGGCGGCUGCCGGCGCGAGGGCGGCCGCUGCGUGUCGCAGUAGCUCAGCGAGCAGCAGCAGCGCGCGCGCAGCCAUGCCGCAGUGCGCAGUGGCCACGUGCCGCAACUCGCACCGGAAGACGCGCGGCCGGCGCGUGCGCUACCACCGGUUCCCCGCGGAGGCGGAGGCGCGCGGCCGCUGGGUGGCUGCGUGCGGCCGCGGCCGCGACGGCACCUUCAACGCCAGCACGGCGCGCGUCUGCUCGCUGCACUUCUCCGCGCGCAGCUACGAGCGCGACGUGCAGCACGAGCUGCUGGGCCUGCCGCCGCGCUCCCGCCUGCGCCGCGGCGCCGUCCCCGACCGCGCCGUGCCGCACGCGCCGGACGACGCCGCCUCCGCCGCCGCCGAGGAAGACCUCGCCGCUGACGUCAGCUCCUCCGGCGGAGGCGGCGACGGUAUCGACGUGCUGCUGGCUCUGGGGCUGACGCCGACGCCGCGCGCCGAGCGCGAGAGACGCCGCCGCCUGGAGGCGGCCGCACAGUCCGCCGCCGAUGACGCAGCUGCCGAGCCCGAGGCCGGGGGCGACGCCGCCACAGACCAACACCUCAACAAGAUGCACGUCAUGGAUGAGGAGUGCAAGCUGGAGACAGCUGCAGGAGCAGUCAUCUCGGAGAAUGCAGCAGCCUCAGCUGCAUCUGAUGAAGCUAUUGACCUCGUAAUUGGAGCAGACAAAAAGGCUUCGAUUGUCAAUAGCGCUGUUGCCUCUCCUACUGCAAGGAUAACUAUUGACACCAAGACUGCUAAAAACAGCAACAGUGUGCCCACCAUUGCCAGAAACACCACAGCUCUUACCAACUCUAUCACGAACGCCACUACCACCAGCACCAGCACUGCCACCGCUGCUGCCGCGACCACUGCCAGCAGUGGCAUCGCUGCCUCCAUCUCGGCCGCCAUCAAUAACUGCAGCAGCAACAGCAGUUCAGAAAACACUGCAAAACCUGUGGAAUUAAAGCAAGAGCUUAAGGAGGAACUAGAUGAUGAAAAUGCAGGCAUGGAGAAAAUUGUUGAGACAGUAUCCGUCAAGCAGCCUGAAAGUCCAGCAGCAUCUCGCAAGAGACCUAGUAGUGAUAGUGACAGCAGCGACCGUAAGAAACCUCGGAUACCAGAGGUUGAGGUGGAGGAGCUUGAAGAGGAGGAAGAGUGGGAACGAGAACGGUCAUUAAGAGAGGCUGUGAGUGCAGUUGCUGGGGGCAGUGGUGGUGGAGGCCAUGGUGGCAGCAAUGAGGACAUAGAACUGCGACAGCUUGCAGAGCGGUUGAGACGUGAGAUUGGUGCUCUGGCGGCAUUGGCACGUGCCAAGGAACAUGAGUGGAACAGCAUUUUACGUUUGAAGAAACUUAAAGAGGAAUCACUUGUGAGGCUACAGCGCCGUAGGCAGGUGCUGAUGAUUGAAGCUGGAGUUAGUCCUGAGAACUGCGGUCCGGCGGCAGUGGAUACUGACAUGUCCAAUCUGCCAGUGGACGAAAACAUGAUGCGCGGCACGUCUUCACCACCCAGUCGCUGCAGCUCUUCGGGUAGCCCACCAAGAACUGCUGGCAGGGGUAAUAGUGGACGAGGUUCAAGACGAGCACAGAAUCAACAGUCAGCAGCUACUGGCUCUGUUUCCAAAGGAAAUCCAUUAAUGAUGGUACCAGUUGUUUCAUCAAGCCCAGUAAAUGGGCAAAGUCCCCGCGAACGUAGAAAUGCAACAAGCAGUAGUCGGCCACUGCUUCCAAAGCCAACAGGUUGCAAUUCAUCACCUCCACAUGGCCAACAACAACAACAGCAGCAGCAGAACACUGUUAUCGGAGAAGGCCGUAAGGGACCAAUUCUGGAUGUACGUUCAAUUAUUGCAGACUAUCGCUCAAAGAAUCCAGGUGAUGUACCACGCCGAGGCAGACGCCUCCGUGGUGCAACAUCACCAACACGUAUGCAGGAAGCUGCUGGAAUGCAGCUGCAGUCAACUCGUGUGAGUGGUUCAGGUGGUGUUCUUAGCAUGGCCUCUAUUGCUUUGGGUUCCGGUUCUCAAAUGCGGCCAGGGCCUGCCGAAGUUGGAGAUAUUGCCUUCCCUCCUCAGGAGGUAUCGAGGCCCUCAAGUGCCGACUCCGGUCGCAGUGACCAGCCGGGCAUCAGCUUCAAGGACGUGCUGAUGCAGUUUGCCCGGCUGAGCCAAGAGCAUUCUGAAAGUGUGGGGGCAGCAGCACGUGGGGGAGCGGGUAGUAGUGCAGGUGCUCCCUUCCCUGAAGUGACACUGCAUCCAGUGGCUCCCAGUGCACCGCCACCAUCAGCUUCCCCACCUCCUGCUGCCCCCGCACCCGCUCAGGCACCUCCGUCUCCCGGCCGAGGACAGUCGCGCCAGGCAGCGUCCCUGCUGCACGGCAUCCUCAGCGGACAGGCACGCGCCUCGUCCUCUACGGGAACACCCACCGCCUUCUCGCCCACACUGGCGCGUCUUCUGACAGCUCCUGAGAGACAUCCAGGGCCUCGUCUGCCUUCCACUGCCCCUGUCACUGCUGGAGCAAGUUCUGUCUCCAUUGCAGACUUGCUUUCCACCAACAAGACACGCAACGAGAUUACUAUAACCCCUGUCUCUGCCAACUCGGCAUCCAAAGCUAAAGAAGAAGUUGUUGUCUAUGAGGAGUUAGAUGACAGCACAGACAGGGACCGCCUUGUCAUAGAUGAAGGCGAAGGAGAAGCAGAAAGUGUAGAUGAUGUACCAGAAUGCCAAGGCUGCCACCAGAUGGCAGCUCAGUUUGUGUGUGCUGGCUGUGGUAAUCAGUGGUAUUGCAGUCGUGACUGCCAGGUUGCAGCAUGGGAUGAACAUUCUGAAGUCUGCUCUGGCUAAAAGAGAAUAACUGAUAAUUUUCUGUCGUCAUUCCAGGACUUGUGUAAUACAGCUUCUUGUGGAACAGGAACAGUUUUCAACUUUGAAUAAAUGAAUUUGGUGAAUGAAGUAAAGUGUAUUUAUUGAAGACCAUAUUUUGAAGGGUCUGUUUGUGAAGAUUGUGCUCUGAACAUUGACGUAUAUGUGGAACUGCUAAUUCAGGCAUGUUGUACUGGAAGUGUUUAUUGUAUCUACCAGUUGGUUGCAGGAUGAUGAUAUUGGUGGUGUUUUUGUCCAAGUUUGUUGUAUGGAACUGUGAGAAGAGUACUGCUGAGAUAGUGUGCAUGCAAGUCUUUUCUAAACUUAAGUGCCAACUGAUACUAUGUUAUCCUUGUACCUUUCUGAUCCAAAGUUCAAAUGUGUGCUGUUUCUCUUGUUUUAUUCUAAGUAAUUUAUUUAUAAAAAUUCAGUAGGAAUUACUCCUUCAUUCUCAUGUUAUCCAUAUUUUUUAAACAGUAUGCUGUCAGUUUACCCCAGUUUUAAGAUACCAAAUAUCAUUUUAUUGUAUUGUUUAGUGGCUCCAUUCAGUAUCUUAACAAAACUUGCAUUGAGCACUUUAUUUUGGAAGUUAAUUGUGAAAGGGUGUUACAUGAUUAUUGUACUACUUGUUUUGCAAACAAGAGCCGCAGAUGACAAUUGCUAUGAACACGUGCUCAGUAGUCAUAUUUAUUUGUAGCUUUCAUUCUCCUUGAGGGGUUUGUGGGCUUUCAUGGAUUAAUAUUUGUCUGUUAAUAAAUUUUGUGUCUAGUAUUUUGCUCAUGCUAAAUACUUGUGGAAAGUAAUGUUAUGUUACAGUAAACAGCAAAUUGUUAGUAAUAGCUUAUAAGGAAAAUGUUACAAAUAAGCAAAUGUGCUGCUGUUCAGCCAAGCAGAUGAGACGGUUGUAUCUGGCAGCAGAGUUAUGUGUGUUGUCUGUAAUGUAUUAUUUACUAGGGGAACAAGUGUGAAUACCAUUGUGUGUUAAUUUUAUGUUGUCACUGACACUGCUUCUGAAGAAUGGGUGUUCUGAAGAAUGGGUGAUUUUCUUGUAGGGAGGUUUUUGAAAUCACAAGUCCAGAAUCAAAUUUCCUUUCCUUGGGAAAAAGAAUUGUGAGAUAUUCUUGAUGUUUUCAUUGUUUUUCUUAUUUACUUAAUCACAAUUGGUAUAUCUGUAUUAUUAAUGGAACAAGUGCUAAAAUGCAUGAAUUUGUCUGACUAGUACUCAUCUUCAAGGUAAAGAUAAGUGAUUUUUUUCACUCCCAUUAAAAGUUUCACUAUUUGUCUUUUGAUGCUUUUGUUGUGUAAAGCCCCUAAAUGAUUUUUUGGCAUAACUGGGGAUGCUGCCCAGAUUAUUGUCAGUAGGCUUAAACUUUCUUAACACUACUACACAGAGCAAAAAGCAAUAAACUAAUAAAAGUUUAUUUUUGCAGCAAAGACCAGUGUGAUGCACAAUGUGACCUUCAUUUCAUUUUCUUGUGUGACACUGCCUCAAUUAAUUCAGUAGUGCAGCUUGCCGUAUUUAAAGUUUUAAUUUAAAUUCCAAGAAAUAACACUAAUUUAGCUUCAUAUGUUCAUCAUCUUUCCAUCUUACUUUCAGAUUAAUCCUAACCAUUCCAAAAACCGUCUAGUCAGAGUGUGAAAACUUUUUUUUUUCUCUGCAUGCGAUCAAGUGUGAUAGUCAACUAUCCAUUUGUCAACAAAACAGAGUAGGGACAGAGGCUUGCUAAUAUACAUAACCCUGUCACCAUUAGUUAUUUACUUCUAAUAUCAUGUAACACUUUAAGUAUUCAAUUCCAAAGAGCUGAAUGGUUGUGGAGUACAUAAAAAUCAUGCAGUGACAUUUAUAAUACAGAAUUGACCCAAAAUAUUUUUGAGUUGACUACCUAAAGAGUACCUUGUACAAUUUUUUUAAAAAAAUAUGUGCUAUUUGCACACUACCAUAAUACAUUUUCAGAGGAAAGCGUCUGCUUUUAUGAGACGUGGAUGUAAGAUGUAAAUGUUUGUAAUUUUAGUUAGUGUGCCGUGGCUUAUUGAAACACAGGCAUGAAGUGCCCACUGCAAGUUUUGCUUGAAGUAUUUGCUGACAGUGUGAUCUGUGUAGAAGCAGAGUUAUUUUGUUACCAUUACACAUUGUAAUAGAGUAAGUAAGUUAUAGCAAGAAACAACAAAUGAUCAGAAGAAGCAUAGUCAUUUUGUGUAAAGUAAGAAACUGUGCUGUGAUAUUAGAAUUGUUACUGAAUGGUUGAUUUUUUGCUGGACUAGAUUGAAUGAUACAACUGCCAUGGAAAUGUUUCUCUUUCUUGUAUUGGUAUGGAAGCAUUAAAUGACUUAAUCUCUUGAAUGUGUACUGCAACUUUCUGUGUUAUUAAAUUAGUUUUUUUAAACUUUA